AUGAUGCACUCCUACAACCAACACCCGGGCAACUCCCAACAGCCAACACCGCCUGGGACGUCUCGCCCUUGGGACUACCCGGUGCAUGACACAAGCAGCUCGACUGCACCUAUGCCAUUACAAUCUACUACGGCAGACAUAAUGGAGAUGCACGGCUUAGAGUCCGCCGACUCUCAAGAGGCGCAAGGGACGAUGCCGGACCCGACAGCCCACUUCCACUGGGGAUCUUACGGGGUGUCUAGUACAGAGCCUCAAGAUGACAUGUCACCUCAUAUGGCUCAUCAGUCUCUGUUCCCAGUACAACAGCUCCCAGGUGUGGCCCCGUCAGCCUUGAUGCAUACUACCUCCCAGAUGCCACUUACGGCCGCUCCGUCCCAUGUACCGAUUCUGCAGCAGUCUCCCGACCCGCGCGACCUCGGAUCAUCUGCGACGCCAAUAAACAGCCUACAACACCACUACGGGCACCUAGGCCACCACGUACCGCACGUAAUGAUUGACUUCGCGCCGUCCUCAUAUAGCUCGAGAAAAACCUCAAAGUCUUCCAGGACGGGACGAUCAGGACGAUCGACAAAACGAGCGCGUGCUCCAAGCCGAGCGGUCCCGAACUCAGGUGCCCAGCAAGACUCCCUGGGCGGUGGUACCUCACCGGGGUCGAACCGUGCCCCCAGUAAGAGACUCACCUUGAAAGAAGGCGCUAAGGAGGAAGACCGCUAUCUCCUGGAGCUCAGGUGCCAGAUGAACGAUGACAAGGGCAAGGGCAUGUGGGAUCAGAUCUGCACGGCAUUUUCAGACCGAUUCGAACCAAAAGAGAGGGCAACGCUUCAGAUGUCGCUCACAAGAUCGGUACUCAAGUACGCAGAGUGGCCCGCGGACGAGGACGAGGCUCUGAGACGAGCCGUCGAGGAAUACGAGCGACGCCGCCCCACGGAGCUGCUCAAGCUGAUGAAGGAAUACGGCGGCUGCCAGGCCUGGGACUGGAAAGACGGGCACGUCGUCAAGCGGCUGGUCGAGCUGGGCAUCGACGAGUUCGACAGCGAGGAGCCGGCCAAGAAGCCGCGGCGGCAACGCAAGAACGCCAUCCGCAAGCAAUCGCCCAGCAGGCCAUGGGCGGCGUCCAUGAACAGCCAACACCACAUGCCCCACUACAACGACGGCAGCGACAUCCACACUGUGACAGCCGAGCAGGAGAAGUACCUACUGGAGCAGUUCUGCAAGCCCGAGCACGAGACCCCCGAGCCGGAGCCGAUGCACCAUGGCAUGGAGGACGCGCCGCUGAUGGACCAUCAAAACGCGGGCGCGGAGAGGGAGCGCGGGGAGGACCAGAGCGCACGCGUGGCGAAGCAGGCUUGUGAGCAGAUGCUCCCCAAGAGGAGCGACCACCAGAUGUACACCUCCAUUGCUCCCGGCCACCACCACCAGCCGCUCCACCAUCAACACAUGUCUCGAUAG